AUGGGGCCCAGGAGCCACCGCCUCAGCCUCGGCUUCUCUGUCUCCAGCCUGGGCCUUCUGUUUCUGUUCUCACCACUUCCAGGGUGCUUGGGAGCCGAGGGCAGGCUGGCUCACAAGCUGUUCCGUGACCUCUUCGCCAACUACACAAGUGCUCUGAGACCUGUGGCGGACACAGACCAGGCUCUGAACGUGACCCUGGAGGUGACAUUGUCCCAGAUCAUCGACAUGGAUGAGCGGAACCAGGUGCUGACCCUGUACCUGUGGAUCCGACAGGAGUGGACAGAUGCCUACCUACGAUGGGACCCUGAUGCCUAUGGUGGCCUGGAUGCUAUCCGCAUCCCCAGCAGUCUCGUGUGGCGACCAGACAUCGUACUCUAUAACAAGGCGGACGCGCAGCCGCCGGCCUCCGCCAGCACCAACGUGGUCGUGCGGCACGACGGCGCCGUGCGCUGGGACGCGCCGGCCAUCACGCGCAGCUCGUGCCGCGUGGACGUGUCCGCCUUCCCGUUCGACGCGCAGCGCUGCGGCCUGACGUUCGGCUCCUGGACGCACGGGGGGCACCAGCUGGACGUGCGGCCGCGCGGCGCCGCCGCCGGCCUGGCCGACUUCGUGGAGAACGUGGAGUGGCGCGUGCUGGGCAUGCCGGCGCGGCGGCGCGUGCUCACCUACGGCUGCUGCUCCGAGCCCUACCCCGACGUGACCUUCACGCUGCUGCUGCGCCGCCGCGCCGCCGCCUACGUGUGCAACCUGCUGCUGCCCUGCGUGCUCAUCUCGCUGCUCGCGCCGCUCGCCUUCCACCUGCCCGCAGACUCGGGCGAGAAGGUGUCGCUGGGCGUCACGGUGCUGCUGGCGCUCACCGUCUUCCAGCUGCUGCUGGCCGAGAGCAUGCCGCCGGCGGAGAGCGUGCCGCUCAUCGGGAAGUACUACAUGGCCACCAUGACCAUGGUCACAUUCUCCACGGCACUCACCAUCCUUAUCAUGAACCUGCAUUACUGUGGUCCCAGUGCCCGACCAGUGCCAGCCUGGGCCCGGACCCUCCUGCUUGGACGCCUGGCACGGGGCUUGUGCGUGCGGGAACGAGGGGAGCCCUGUGGGCAGGCUAGACCACCGGAAUCACCCCCCAGUCCCCGGCCUCCUGACGGAGGGGCUCGCCCUCCAGCAGUUCCUUGCCGUGAGCCCCGGUGUCUGUGCCGUCAGGAAGCCCUGCUGCACCACGUAGCUACCAUUGCUAACGCCUUCCACAGCCACCGGGCUGCGCAGCGUCGCCAUGAGGACUGGAAGCGGCUGGCCCGUGUGAUGGAUCGCUUCUUCCUGGGCAUCUUCUUCUCCAUGGCCCUGGUCAUGAGCCUCCUGGUGCUAGUGCAGGCCCUGUGAAUCCCCGGGGUCUGGUGCACGGCACCUCCAGAGAGGGAUGGAGAAGCCCGGUGGUUGUUGGCUCUCUGACGGGCCACCCGGUCUCUCCCCACUGUGCUUAAGAGCCUGGGACACCCUCUCUUCAGGAUCAGCGAGGCUGACCUCACAAACUACAGGGACCGCUUGUCUGUGUACCCUAAACUCUAAGGGAAAUCCAGAGCUCACCACUCCCCUAAUUCCUCCAGAAGAGGAACUCUAAGAAGGGUCAUGAUCAGAACGCAGUCCUGGAGGGACAGAAUUGAAUUUUGAUGCUGCGUGUUAGAGCUUUUGGUGGCGAGAAUGCAGGUUAUAUGAGAAACAGAACUACCAUGUUUCCUUGUCUUCUCUUCCUUCCUCGGCGGCUCUUGUGUUAGGGACUUGAGCUUGCCCAACAUCCCUCCCUAGGGACUCAGGGAAGGAGAUCCAGGAUUCAUUCUCUAGUUUCCAGAGCAGGAGGCCACACAGGAUUUGGCCCCAAAGCCCCAAUUCAUA